UUUUUGAUAGCACACGACCAAAAAAACAAGGUGCGUUAUUUUUUUUUGCUUCACACCGCGCGUAAUUCCGCAAGUACCCGUAACGCUGUCGGUGGAAACGAACGUCACGCAAGUACACAUACUUCCAUCCGGCGUGGCAGUUUUUGGAAAACACCCCACGAACUUGCCACUUCCUAAAUCUCAGAGCACCAGCUCGCCAGCAGGAGGAUGCUACACCCUUUCAGAGCAGCAAUUCUCUUUCUCGGGACUCAAACUUGAUAGAACGAGGGCCGGCCCGCUCGCCUCCCAUUGGCCCGCAGCGCCGCCUGCCGCCUUCCGAUUGGUCGAGCGCGCUAGUACGGUCUUGGAUGACGUCAUUGAUUAAAACCUCCAGUCACCGAGAGAACGAACGGAGUCCUGUACCUUGUGGCUUUUGGGGGGGGUUAUUAAUGAAUUAUUUGUAUUGUUGCUUUCACUUUUUCAUUAAUAAUUUGGGGGAGCUUCUCAUGAAUGCCUCUACGCUGCUACGGCCUAUGGUGUAGAAACCGCCGCUGGUGUACGGUGUGCUCUGGCACUGUACCGGUAACAUAAUUCUGGCAUUGUUUCUUUGAUUGAGCAACGACGAUUUCUGCAACAGCGCACAGCGGACAAAAGUUGAGAGAUCCGUCCCUCCUUGCGCGGUUCGGUUCGGCGAUUUCCCUGCAGAUCGAGCCUGCGUGCUCCUUGCAAGCCCGGCAGGAUUGUCGUUGCAUUGAGUCUCGGAAAACGGAUACUGUUUCUGUGCGUGUAUUGUCCACCCCCCCCAGCUCUUCAACAGGCGUUUCUGUACAGUGCACAACAAAAUCAAAGGCUUGCACCUCGGAAUUGGGAACCCACAACAUGUCAAUGUCCAGAAACACCGGAAAGAUGAAGAGGAAGCCGGGUUUGAAAAUCCCAGAUGACGUCUUCAAGCAGAAAGAGCCUAAUCCUGUGCCGCCCCGAAAUCUGGAUUCCAGGACCUUCAUUACAAUUGGAGACAAAAACUUCGAGGUGCAGGCCGACGACCUGGUGCCGCUGUCGGAGCUGGGCCGGGGGGCGUACGGCGUGGUGGAGAGGGUCCGGCACGCGCAGAGCGGCACCAUCAUGGCGGUGAAAAGGAUAAGAGCCACUGUGAACAGUCAAGAACAGAAGAGGUUGCUGAUGGACCUGGACAUUUCUAUGAGGACAGUGGAUUGCCCUUACACUGUGACCUUCUACGGAGCCCUUUUCAGAGAGGGUGAUGUGUGGAUUUGCAUGGAACUGAUGGAUACCUCACUGGACAAAUUCUACAAAAAAGUGAUAGAAAAAAAGAAGAAAAUACCAGAGGACAUCCUAGGGAAAAUGGCUGUGUCUAUUGUCAAAGCAUUAGAACAUUUACACAGUAAGCUGUCUGUGAUUCACAGAGAUGUAAAGCCAUCAAAUGUCCUCAUCAACAAUGAAGGCCACGUGAAAAUGUGCGAUUUUGGGAUCAGUGGUUACCUCGUAGAUUCUGUUGCAAAGACCUUAGAUGCUGGUUGCAAACCGUACAUGGCCCCUGAGCGGAUAAACCCCGAACUGAGUCAGAAGGGCUACAACGUGAAAUCGGACGUGUGGAGUCUAGGAAUCACGCUGAUCGAGCUGGCGAUUCUGCGCUUCCCGUACGAGUCGUGGGGGACCCCCUUCCAGCAGCUGAAACAGGUAGUGGAGGAGCCCUCCCCCCAGCUGCCGCCGGAUCGCUUCUCCAGGGAGUUCGUGGACUUCACGGCACAGUGUUUGAAAAAGAAUCCAGCGGAAAGAAUGAACUACCUUGAGCUGAUGGAACACCCUUUCUUCAAAACGCACGACACCAAGGAAACAGACGUAGCUUCCUUCGUGAAAGAGAUCCUGGAAGACGGACAGAAUUAACCACCCACUCCUCUUCCUUUCUGCACCGUAAAAAAAAAUAAAAAUCCCUGGAUUUGUAUAAAAAUGGCUGCGGCGCGGUCGCCACAGACCCCAUUUUUUUCUUACGUAUGGCAGACUGACCAUACAUCAUUUGCAGUAUUUGCUAAGAUCAUUUUUGUAUAUGUAUGAUAUAUAGUUUGGUACACAAGAGGAAACUUUUCAUAUUUAGCUUUCAAACCAAGAUGAUAGCCAUGGGUAUUUUUUUUUUUCUUGAGAACUGUGGUGUCGCAACUGGGCAAUGCCUACUCGGUACACACAAAACGGAGGGAAAAAAGCGUAUUUAAAGAAUCUGCUCCGUCUGUAAUCCUGUGUCGAAAAACGUGUAGUGUUUGUCAUAAUUCCACGUUCUCCUGUUUGAGUACUGCAGUCUGCUAUAAGCUUAAAUAGGCGGGUUAACCAUUAUAUCUGUAUUAUGUAUAUAAGUGGCAGUGAUUCAUUUGCUGAAUGUAUCAGGGGGAAAAAAAGGGAGGAAGACAGGCGAAAAGGUGAGACCUCUGCUUUCAGAGGUUUAAAACUGAUUUAUUUAUCUUUUAUCUGUUCGCAUGGUUGAGAGGGGAAAAAAAAAAGAAACUAGCACUUUUUUUUUUAAAGGCCACUGACUGAUUCUAACAAAUGUGAAAACGCUGCUUACAGGAGCUAAGCAUUAAUGUACUCCAACUUCUGAUUUUUGAAUCCUCUCUCAGAUGUUUUCUCUUAAUCGUGCACUUUUGCUUUUUUAAAAUAUUUUUUUUGCCUCUGGCCCCCUUCAAUGUCAUGUUAGUGCCGUGGAAGAUUAAAAGAGUAAUAGGUGAGUGAAAACAAAAGACACCUCCACUGUGAUUCAUUUGUUUUUCUGUGCCAGCAGCCUGUAAUAUUUACAGAUGUUCCCAGGGUGUGCUGAUCAAUUUUUCACAGCCCAAAGCCCCUCCAAUCAGAUGGUUUGGAUUUCAGUCUUUCCUCCAUGAGAUAGCCUUGCUGUCCCUGAGGACACAGAUGUACCUUGCUGAUAUUGAUAAACCUGUCCUCCAGUCAGGCUGACACCUUGCACUUACAAAUCAUUUAGUCAGGACUGGCUCUUAAUUCAAGAGAGCUUGACUGAUACUGUUCUGUUGGCUUGGGUACAAAAAAGGAAGAUUAAACUGAGACAUGGGCAGUACAGUACAGUAUAUCAAAAACUUUAGGGUGUUUCUCAAAAUCGGGGGUCUCUAGUUUAUGUUCCAGUCCAACAGGUUAGGAAAGUCCCCAUUAAAUAAGCAGUUUCUCCAAACAAUUUAUUUGUGAUCGAAGAAGCAGUUGUUAAACUUAGUCAUGUAGACAUUGUGUGCAAAGUUUUGUAUGUUCACUUUUAGGGUGUGCUUUAAGAUUAUCCAGCUUUCCAACAGGAAACAGGACCAGUAAACCAAUGUGCUGGCAGCAGCCUCAGUUCUGAAGUCAGGGCGGUCAUGCCUUUAUUUCCUGUAUUUCAUAGCUGGAAGUUAGAUCUUUGAUCAGCAUUUCUUACCAAAGUGUUUAACAGACCCUGAACUGCAGUGAAAAUGGAAUCACAAGGCCACUGUUGUUUAAUAUGAAGUAUCGAGUCCCUCGAUCAUUAUUUUUUUCAUGUUAACCCCUUUGUGUAACGUACUGCACACUAAAUUGGCUAUAAUUUUAAACAUUUGAUCAUUUGUGCUUAAAAACCUAUUUGCAUUUUUUUUUUACCCAUUACAGAAUGUUUACUCCACACAUCCUGAAUUAAAUUAACUGCCUAGACUUAGGUCUUUCUGAUUCUAAUAUUUAUGUAUUCACCCAGUGUAAGUUGCCACUGGUUGGAGGAUUAUUAAGGCCGAGCAAAUACUUCUGAGUCCCUUGUUUUAUAAGGUCUAGUGGUUUGUUAUUAUCUGAUAAAAUGAUAUUUGAUCAGCUAGACUUUUAUCUAGUAUGAUAUCUGUCAGUCACCCAUCUGACAGAACAGAAUUUUGUUUUAGCAGAAUCUUUGCAAAUCUAGGAUUUUCUGUUUUUGAGGUGGGUUUAGGCAUUGACUACUUUAUGUGCCUCUUCAUUUGCAAAAAGAGCUUUUGGCAGGCUUAAAAGUUUGCCUGAUGCAAAACUGCAUUGACUGCCUGGUCACUUUGAAAAAGGAUUCUAGUUACAAACGUUCAAAAGCACACCAGUAUACUAGAGAACUCGGUGCCUGUAUAUUUAAUGUUCUGGUUCAGUAACAUUUCCUCAUGCGAUAUCCAAAGUGUCUACUGGAGAACUGUGUCAAAAGGCCUUUAUAAAUAUAAGAACUUGGUUCGAGCUCUCAGGCAAAUUGAUCCUGUGCUGAACUGCGCACUGCCUUUCCUCACAGA